AUCCAUCAGGUGGACUUCUAUGAUCUUUUCAGCCACUAAUCAAAUUUACCAAGAACAGCAUUUACAGAAUAACGGUUUGCCACUGGAAAUAACGGGUAAUCGAACAGAUAGCUUUGAAAAAUUGGUCUUUAAUAACCAAACUUUAGAUUUUUGGCUGUGGAAGAUUUUCGCGACUUUCUUGUGGGGAAAAAUACACCAUGGCGAACACCUGUUUGCUGUUAAGCGGGUUCAUCGUCAGUUCCAUCGGAUGGAUAGGACUCGUCAUUGCCACGGCGACAAAUGACUGGGUUGUGACCUGCAAAUAUGGACCAAAUACUUGCAAAAAGAUGGACGAACUGGGUGCCAGAGGGUUAUGGACGGAGUGUGUGAUCUCUACCGCACUGUAUCACUGCACCUCACUCGUACAGAUUUUGGAUUUACCUGCUUACAUCCAGACCUGUCGUGCUCUGAUGAUCACGGCGUCGAUCCUUGGUUUGCCCGCUGUGGCGCUCGUGCUGUGCUCCAUGCCCUGCAUCAACCUGGGAAAUGAGCCAGAGAGCGCUAAAAACAAACGCUCUGUAUUCGGCGGGGUACUCAUUCUGAUAAUAGCCAUGUGUGGGAUCGUCUCCACGGUGUGGUUUCCCAUUGGUGCCCAUAGAGAGGAGAGCCUCAUGUCUUUCGGAUUCUCGCUCUACGCAGGAUGGGUUGGUGCCGCAUUCUGUUUGCUGGGGGGCUGCAUGAUCACCUGCUGCAGCGCCGAAAGCCCCGCUCCGUACGCUGACCACAACCGAUUCUACUACUCCAAACAGGGACCCAACACCGUUCCGCCAUCCACCAACCACGCCAAAAGCGCACACGUGUGAUGUGAAGUUUGAGCUAGUCGUGCUGAACAACUCGGAGAACUGAGACUAUUGUGUGUGCAUUUUAAUGUGCCAUUUUUUUCCUCGCUAUCACACGAUAUGUCCACUAUGCGCUACCUGGCUGGGACAAUUGGACGCUUGUUUGGAGACUAGAAGGGACUUUUGCGCAUGGCUAGAGCUCUUCUUAUCAGGUGCCUCAGUUGCGGUGCAUACUGAGGCAGAGACUCACCCAGCAGUUACAUAACUCCAGCCCACUGUCAGCCAAACCAGAACUGAGUGGACAUUAUUCCAAACUUUUUUUUCGUAUGUAUGUCGCCGGCAAUGAGCAAAAUGCUGUUUAAACUUUUGUAAUGGAAGUAGACUCAUUAUAUUUUGCAUUUUCAAAAAAAAAAAAAACCUAACUAACACAAAUUCAUUUGAAAUGUGGGCUUGGUCCAUCUGAGAUGAUCGACAUACUUUUUUCCUGAAACAAAAAGGUGAAAAGACAUAUGUAACCAGUUCCUCUCUAACAGUGUUCUAUUUUUUCUAGAAACUUGUAAGACAUUUACGACGUAGUUUGUGAUUUCUUUUAUUUAUUGCAACAUUUGUAUCAAUUUAUAUUUUUUAUUUUUAAUAAACAACUUCUUUC